AUGAAGUGCCUGACCAAGGCCAUCGCAUUGCCACAAGUGGCACCCGACUGGCUCGAGGAAAACAUUGUUGCUGAGGCAGCUCGAAUAGGGAAUGAAGUCCCCAAGCAGCAGAUGAUCUUCCAGGUGGCGGUGACGGUCUUGGCCGCGCUGAACUUGCUGUGCCUGGUAAUGCUUGUGCUCGCCUGCCGGGCGGUUCGUUCUGAGGCCAUAGCGAAGAUCAUCGAGGAAACCUGGGAAGACGCAAGAUCUCAUUCACACUUUAUCCACGUUCUUCGCGACAGUUACAGGGUAUCCAUCGGAUUGCUAUCCUUGGUGGUGGUGAUCUAUGCGCUUCUGAGCCGUUUGACACGCCUUCCGCAUCCUUCUGCAUUUGUUGUAGGUUGGAGUCCAGCUUUCGUGCCUGCUUGGGUAUUGCUCCAGCUCGUGACCUUCGUUCGUUUGAUGGCUGCCUUGUCAAUGAGUCAAGUUGAGGGCCUCUAUCAAGAAAUGGAGUCAAUUGGAAUGGUGAAGAUUGAUGGCCGGGACUUUGCAAAUGUAAAGUCAGGUCAUUGGCUGUAUCUACUUCGGAGACACCAAGAGCUUCUUCGAGAUUUGAAGUCCAUGUCCAUAGCAAUCUCGUCGACUGUGCUAGUUUUUCAGAACGUCGUGGCUGGUUCCAGUUUACUGCUGCUAUGGGUUGCUCGUGCAUGUCAACUCGACCGCUGGGCCUCCACGGGCUAUGUUUUGCUAGCUUUCACCAUGGGGUGUUCUGGAAUAUUUGCCAUGCUGCCCCUCGCGUACAUCACAGACCUGUGCCAGUCCAGGCGCUUUGGUAGGCGAUCACUGCUUGCUCUGGCAGACAAGUACAGCGGGUGGCCCAUGUCGGCGGAGGUUCAUGCAGAGUACAUGCGUUUCAUGCAGCACCUUAACACUUCAGAGGCGGGAAUCUACAUUCCUACCAUGGGACUGGUCACAAGAUCGCCUUGCACUCCCAUGAUGCUCCGAGUGGCCCUGAUUGCUGUGGCUGUCUUUGCUGGAGAUGCCGCCCGCCUGAAGCGACGAAAUGUGCCAACUCCAAAGCAGCUCUCUGGCGUGGACUAUGACGGGAAGACUCCGAUCCUAAUCGAGGUUGGUGCUGCCGACUCGGGGCCUUCCUGCGACAAGAUCAAAUGCGCUGAUCCGCUGAUCUGCCCACCUUCAUUCCAGAAGACCAAGGUGGAUGGCCAUUGCUGCCCCUACUGCAUCAACCCAGACAUCAAGAUCGAGCCCGAGGUGACUGGUGCGACUGGCAAAUCCGGUGGCAAGAAGAGCACGCACUGCCCAGAGGUGUGGUGUUUCCCAACCAUGUGCAAAGAGAAGGAGGUCAUGCCCACCUUCGACAAUGGAAUGUGCUGCCCACAGUGCCCUGAGUGA